AUGAGAGGCAUCCAGAUCAAGGAGUAUGUUAAGGGCCCCCAUGAGCUCAAGGUCACCGACUUGCCGGACCCUGUUCCCAAGGACGAUGAGUACCUGAUCGAGGUGCAUGCGGCGGCGACCAACUUCUUCGACAUCUUGCAGAUCCAGGGCAAAUACCAGUUGCAGCCGCCCUUCCCCUGGAUCUCGGGCGCCGAGUUCGCCGGCGUGGUGCUCGCCACGCCCAAGAACUCCAAGAACCCCAAGUUCCCCGUGGGCUCGCGCGUCUUUGGAGCCACCCAGGGCGCCUAUGCUACCAAGUGCGUGGCCAAGGAGGUCAGCAUGCUACCCGUGCCCGAGGGCUGGUCCUUCGAGGAGGCUGCUGGCCUGUUCGUGACUGCUCCUACUAGCUACGGUGCGCUGGUUGUGCGUGCCGGUGUCAAGGCGGGUGAUUGGGUGCUGGUCCAUGCUGCUGCUGGUGGUGUUGGUCUCGCUGCUGUGCAGGUCGCCAAAGCCUUCGGGGCAACGGUCAUCGCAACAGCAGGCACCAAACGCAAACUGGACGUUGCAAAGUCCUACGGCGCCGACUACGUCAUCGACUACCGCGACGCGAGCUGGCCCGACCGGGUCAAGAAGCUGACCAAGGGCCGCGGCGUCGACAUUGUCUACGACCCGGUCGGCGUCGUCGACAAGAGCACCAAGUGCAUCGCCUGGAACGGGCGCAUCCUGAUCGUCGGUUUUGCCGCUGGAACCAUCGAGAAGGUCGCCAUGAACAAGGUGCUACUUAAGAACAUCUCCCUGGUUGGCAUUCACUGGGGCCAGUACGCCAACUUUGAGCCGCAGACUGUGCCGGUUGUCUGGGAGGGGAUCAUGAAGUUGAUCAAGGAGGGCAAGUUCAGGCCGACUGUGUUCACUGAUAAGAAGUUUGUUGGGCUCGAGACUGUGGACGUAAUCUUUUCAACCACCGUCAAGCUGUUCUCCUCAACGGUUCGCCGCGCUCUUCGCUCCAGCGCUACCGGCCUGUCCAUCGCUGCCGCUGCUGUCACUUCCUCGCACCGCAGCCAGCCCCUCCAGUCCGAGAUCAAGAGCCUCCAGAACGUCGGCAAGCGGAAGAUGCAUAGCAAGGUCGUUAUUAUCGGCUCUGGCCCUGCUGCCCACACCGCGGCUAUCUACUUGGCUCGCGCCGAGCUGAAGCCCGUCCUUUACGAAGGCUUCAUGGCCAACGGCAUCGCAGCAGGCGGCCAACUCACCACUACGACGGAAGUCGAGAACUUCCCUGGCUUUCCGGAGGGCGUUACAGGCCAGGAGCUCAUGGAGAAGAUGCGCAACCAGUCUGAGCGCUUCGGCACUGUGAUCAUUAGCGAGACUGUCGCCAAGCUCGACCUCUCCAAGCGCCCCUUCGAGUACGCCACCGAGUGGUCCCCCGACGACAUCCACACCGCCGACGCCGUCAUCCUGGCCACCGGCGCCUCCGCCAAACGUCUUGGUUUGCCUGGUGAGGAGAAGUACUGGCAGAAUGGUAUUUCCGCGUGCGCCGUGUGUGACGGGGCGGUGCCGAUCUUCCGGAAUAAACCACUUGUUGUGAUUGGCGGGGGUGAUUCCGCUGCUGAGGAAGCUCUCUUCCUCACCAAGUAUGGCAGCCAUGUUACGGUACUGGUGCGCCGCGAUAAGCUGCGUGCUAGUGCUGUCAUGGCCAAGCGUCUGUUGAGCCAUCCCAAGAUCACGGUGCGCUUUAAUACCGUCGGUGUCGAGGUCAAGGGCGAUGAGAAUGGCCUGAUGAGCCACUUGGUUGUCCGCGACACCCUCACUGGCAAGGAAGAAACCAUGGAGGCCAACGGCCUGUUCUAUGCCAUUGGCCAUGAGCCGGCCACUUCGCUCGUCAAGGGCCAGCUUGAGCUGGACGCCGAUGGCUAUGUCGUUACCAAGCCGGGGACCACGCUUACUAGUGUGCCGGGUGUGUUUGCGGCCGGUGAUGUGCAGGAUAAGAGGUAUCGCCAGGCGAUUACUAGUGCAGGAACUGGCUGCAUGGCGGCCUUGGACGCGGAGAAGUAUCUGGCUGAACUGGAGGAGAGCCAGGAAGAGACGAAGGCAGCCAACGGCAACUUGUGA